CGGACUAAACGUCACAUUCCUGCAUUCCCCUUUCCUCUCGGUCUGCUGCCUACGUUGGAGUCGUAACUCCACAGCUAAUCAUCCCCUUCACACACGCUCCCCUUUAUGUUUGUUUAAGAAGCACACACAUGAGGCGACCGGUUUGAGAUCAGGAGGUGAGCCCGGGUUCCUCCCCAGGAGACACAUCCUCAAUUCGGGUCACUUUCCUCCCCUCCAUCUCCGCCUCCUCCUCCCCACCUCUCAUUCACCUCCAGCCUAGUUGCCAUGGAGAGCUCAUCAGUGGCAUCAGCGUCGUCCGAGGCGGGGAGCACUCGCUCGCAGGAGAUCGAGGAGUUGGAGCGCUUCAUCGACAGCUACGUGCUGGAGUACCAGGUGCAGGGCCUUCUGGGAGACAAGGCGGAUGGAGACUUGAAUCAGGACGACGAAGGAAAGGGGCCACAGUGGACGGACGACUGCAACUACAGCAAAGAUGACAGCUGGACUUCAUCCCAGGGAAGAGAUUUCUCCAAACCGGUAAUUGAUGAGUGGGAUAACAGCAGUAACGGCAGCACGGGCUCCAGGCCCAGUUCUGGUUCCAGACCUGGUUCUGGCUCCCGAUCUGGCAGCAGGGGGCGAAACAACCAGUUCAAAUGCUCCUCCAAGAAUGGCAACAGAGAUGGUUCCUUUGACAUCCUGGGCACAGACAUAUGGGCUGCUAACACCAUGGACUCACUCGGAGGUACAGGUUGGGAUGUGCAGCCAGAUAAGCUGGACUUCAGCCACUUCCACAGAAAACACCUGAGAGGUGCACCAAAGCAUCUGCCGCACAUUGACAGAGAGGGGAUGAGCAAAAACACAUUUGAAGAAGAUGAUGGCAUAGACAUGAAUGACAUAGAGAGGUUCCUGCCCCAUCUGUGCUCUGUCUUCCCACCCCUUCCUAAUGAGGCUGAGAUCGCGCACACCAAAAAGCUCUUCCGACGCAAGAGGAAUGACCGACGGAGACAACAGCGACCUCAAGGAGGGAAGAACCAGAGUCCACACCUGUCUCCGCAACAUCAACGGGAUCAAACCCAACAGCAUUCACCGAACCCAACAGAAGCAGGAGACAAUAGAAACAAUGGCUCUGUGCGGUCUCCUCGGCAGUAUCAAGGAGGACACGGGCAACGCCAAGGAGGAACCUCGCACGGAUACAGCCAGAACAGACGUUGGCACCCCAAUCAGAAAGGCCACGGACAGCAAAACCUGUCAAUUUCUGAUAAAGGAGUACAACCGAGAGCAACCAAAGACACGACAGAGAAUGUAAAAGUGGGUAACAAGCAGAUCCGACAGAUGGAGGAGCCUCGAGACUGCAAGAGUCCACGUGACUCACCCAGAUCUGAGUCAGCGCUUAACACAAACGCUUCCUCAGAUCUGACAGGCAAAAAUUCUCCCAGCUCAUGGGGGACCAGCACGUCAAGCAAGGGGCAGUCCAUAGAGCCCCGGAUCAGCUUGCUUCAGUCGUCAAAGGAGAGGCUGAGGAGGAGACUGAAGGACAAGGAGGAGGCCCUCACAGAAGCAUCCGGCUCACAGAGCAUGGACCGCCUGGUCAAGCUACUCAACAGCAUGAGGAGGAACAGCAGCGGCGUGGAGGAGCAGCUGGCCUCCUUCAUGGAGGAGGCGCAGAACUCUGCACAGUCGGAGGAGACCUUGUCACAAGUGGUCAGCGCCAUCUACAGCAAGGCCGUCUCGGACCGGAGCUUCGCCACCACUGCCGCGAAGCUUUGCGACAAGAUGGCGCUGUUCAUGGUGGAGGGGACCAAGUUUAGGUCGCUGCUUCUCAACAUGUUCCAGAGGGACUUCGCCCGCCGCGAAGAGAUCCAGAAGUCGGACGUAGAGAUGUGGUUGGGUUUCAUCACUUUCCUGUGUGAGGUGUUUGGAACAAUGAUGAGCAGUUCCGGGCAGCCAUUCCGGGUACUCGUCUGUCCCAUCUAUACCUGCCUACGAGAGCUGUUGCAGUCCAAAGAUGUCAAGGAGGACGCCGUGCUGUGCUGCUCCAUGGAGCUGCAGAGCGCAGGGCGCCUCCUGGAGGAGCAGCUCCCCGAAAUGAUGACGGAGCUCCUGGCGGCCGUGCGGGACAAGAUGCUGUGCCCGGCCGAGUCGCCGCUGACCCGCUCUCUCCUCAUGGAGGUGGUGGAGCUGCACGCGCACCGCUGGAGCCCCCUGGAGGCGUUCACCACGCAGUACUACGACCGCACCAUCCAAAAGCUCACCACCACGGCCUAGCGCUUCUAAACGGACCCAAACUUAUGAAUUUGAACUGUGCAAUCCCAGUCGGUGAAGAUAUAGGAGGCUGAAAGUGAUGAUGCUUGGCCACUAGGGGCAGUGUAGCCCACAUGGGCGCUGGGAUAAAAGCGAGGGCUGGUGGUGGUGGGGGAAGAUGGCAGCAGCCUGUCUGUUGGGAAUAGAGAGAUUUUAUAGAGGAGGAGGGUCAGGGUGUCCGUGUCGGUCUCUUCAUUGUGUUCAUUUGUCCACCUCAGCCCCCCGACCCCACUCUGCGCGCCUCCAUGCCUCCUGCAGCCCUCGUGGCUGAUAAAAGAGAGAAAAAAAUAGGGGGAGGCAGGGAGCAGACGCGAUGCUGUCUGUAUGUCUGGGCCGUCUGCCCUCCCUUCCACAUGGACCUGGGUCACGAGGUCUCACCGCGGGACUCCCUCACGGCUCCUCCCCCUGCCUUUGUCUCCCCCCCUCCUUUAGCAGGAAGCCUUUUUGUGCGGAUGAGACAGCGGGCCUGCUGGGCCAGGCUGGGCUCAGGAUAAGGAUCAGGCUGGCUAGAGUAGGGUGGCAGAUGGCGGAUUGAGCCCUUGUGGGACACACACACACACACACUACAUCCAGGCGUUCUGCUCCCCAUAGCAAAAGAGGAAAUUGGGGGUCGGCAGCAUUAGAGAAUUAAAAAAACACACUGCUGUUAAUUCUUUUUGUUUUUGUCUCCCAAGCCGAGCAUCUCCCCUCAAGUGUAACACCACCCUUUUAUUUUUUUGUAUUUAUAUACUGUAUUUGACUAUUUAAUUCUUACCAAGGACUAUGGGGGCCACGCUGAAAAGAAAAAAUUGUCAAAUUCCGGGGGGGGGGGAGUCAUAGAAUGACGAGAAUAAUGUCGUAGUCUUACGGGAAGAAAGUUAUAAUAUACCAUAAAUAAAAUGAAUAGGCAAAGUCGUUUUUCGAAAUAAUUGUAAUCUUACGAGAAUAAAGUGAUCUUCGAGAAAUGUAGUCGUGUCGUGAGAACAAAGAUUACAGUCAUAAUGUAAUACUGCGAUAAAAGAUUUAUAAUAUGCACCUGGGGAUAAGCUGAUUGGCAACACUAAGCAGUCCCUAGAGUGUGAAUGUUGUCUGUCUAUCUGUGUUGGCCCUGCGAUGAGGUGGCGACUUGUCCAGGGUGUACCCCGCCUUCCGCCCGAAUGCAGCUGAGAUAGGCUCCAGCACCCCCCGCGACCCUUGAAGGGACAAGCGGUAGAAAAUGGAUGGAAGGAUGGUCUAACGUACUAUUAAUGGAAUAAAGUAUGUCUUUCUUCAAGGAAAGUAGUCAUGUUAUGAAAACAAAGAAUGCAGUCAUAAUGUUGCGCUAAUAAUCUAAUACUCCGUUAAAUAUUCAGGGUAUUACGGACUAAUGUACUAUUAGGGAAAAAGUCAAAAUUUUAUACAAAUGAGGUAAGACUGCUAUAAAAAUGUGUAAUAUUGUAGACUAACAUAUUACGGGAAAAAAAUGCAUAAUGUUACAUGAAUAAUGUAAUACUGCAAUAAAAGAUUUGUAAUAUUGUGGACUAAUGUACAAUUACAAGAAAAGAGUUGUAAUAUUACCAGAAAAUGGUAAUGUUAAGCGAAUAAUGUAAUACUGCAAUAAAAGGGUCGUAAUAUUAUGUACAAAUAUACUUUUACCAGAAACACUGCGUAAUGUUACACAAAUAAUGUGUGAUAAAAGAUUGGUAUUAUUAUGGACUAAUGUACUACAAUGAAAAAAUAAGUUGUCAUGUUACAAGAGCAAAGUUGUAUAGUUUCGUGAGUAAAGAUGUAAUUUACGAAAGAGUCAUAAUGUUAUACUUUACGUAUUACAUGAAAAAGUGGAAAUGAAGUCGUAAUAUAACAAGGAAAAGUGGCAAUAUUGAGAAUACAGUCAUGUGAAUUAAGACGUCAUUUACCGUAUUUUCCGGACCAUAGGGCGCACCGGAUUAUAAGGCGCACUGGAAAUGAGCGGGUGUAGUCAGGUCUGUUUUCAUACAAAAGGCGCACCAGAUCAUUAGGCGGUGGUCAUAUUAUGAUUUUUUUCUAAAUUUAAAACACUUCCUUGUGGUCUACAUAAAAUGUAAUGGUGGUUAUUUGGUCAAAAUGUUGCAUAGAUUAUGUUUUACAGACCAUCUUCAAGUCGCUUUCUGACAGUCGCUUCAGGAUGCGCCGUUUUGUGAUCGGUCUUAUUUACGUGGCUCACCUUCGACAGCGUCUUCUCCCCGUCAUCUUUGCUGUAGCGGUGUAGCGUGCAAGGACGGGAGUCGAAAAAGAAUCAAGAGAUGGAGCUCACUGUUUUAAUGACAUUCAGACUUGACCUAAAUCAAUAAUGGAGAAGCAUCUCCUCAUCCGUGGCUCACUAGUGCAACAACAACGCCGGAAACUUGUCCAGUUAAAAACCGUCCGACCGGAACUGUCUAAUAACUAAAGUUCUGUGGGUGAAUAAUGUAAACUCACUACAUCGGUAGUUUUUAGCGCUUCCAUAGAGAGUCCACUGACAGAUAUAAGUUAGAACUUUAUACUACUUUAUAUUGGAAAUGGCAAUAGUGAAGGAUGAAUGCCCCAUAACAAGAAGAUAUAGAAAAAGAAGCUUACGGACUACAACGGUGGACACGCGCGAAUUUUCGGGACUUAUGCAGAUCCCAAAUACAGAUCAGCAGGUACCAGAAGAUUAGAAAAGUUGGUUUUGCUUAAUAUUGCAAAACAAAACGCCAGAUAAUGUCCGCUAAUGUGUGCCAUUGUGCGGUCAUUAUGCACACACCAUAAUAAUACUUGUAUGUUUGACUAUCGUAGCCGUAAUGUACCAACAAUCCAUCAAGCGGUGCGGCUUCAUAGCUUACCAAAGUCGUACUAAAACAUGUUGACAGAUUUUACGCGCCGUGUGUAAUGUUCUAUAUUCUCAAUGGAACAUUUAAAGUUUUGGUGUUGUUUACUGGCGUCAUAUUGCAGUCUAUAUGUAUCUCUUAUGUGUUACUUUUACUACCAUCUACUGGUCACACUUAUCAUUACACCAUGUGCCAAAAAAAUUGCUUCGAGGUCGGUAGGCACAACCAGAGUUAUUCCGUACAUUAGCCACACCGGACUAUAAGGCGCACUGUCGAUUUUUGAGAAAUUUUAAGGAUUUUAAGUGCGACUCAUAGUCUAAAUAAAUGUUAUGAUAAAGCUGUGAAUAUUAAGGGAAAAAGUUGUCACGCAAAUGAAGUCCUAAUAAAACAAAAAAGCAAUAUUAUGUGAAUAAAGACGUGAUUUACACGAAAGUCUUGAUUUUAGGAUAAUAAAGCUGUAAAUAUUACGAGGAAAAGUGUUGCACUAACGAAGUUGUAAUAUAACAAUAAAGUCGUAUUGUUAUGUGAAGGUGGCUAUAAUUUGCGACGAAGUUUAAUCAUUUCAUAACAACAAAGCUGUACUGUUACAAGGGAGGAAAAGUCGCAAAGUUGUGCAAAUGAAGUUUUAAUAAGGAAUAAUAACAUAAUGUAAUGUUAUGUGAAUAAUGAUGUCAUUUAAGACAAAACGUUUUACAAUGACGUUGUAAUAUUGUACAAUUAAGUUGUAGUUUUAAGUGGAAAAGUAAUAAUUUUCCAGAAAUAAGUCGCUAUGGAAAUAAAUUCACAAGGUUACAGAGGGAAAAAAAAGUCUGUAACAUUCUGUAAUAAUUGUAAUAUUCUAAAAGUCUAGUUGUGACGUUAGAAGGAAAUGUGGCGUCAGAAUUUUUUCGGAAUAUCGUAAGAUUUUGUGCAAUUAAAGUGGUUAUAUUAAAGAAAAAUAGUCAGAAGUUUGCAAGAAUUAAGUUGUAACGCUAGCUGAGUAAAAAUGAGAGAUUAGUAAGAAAAAGUCGGAAUCUUACAAUGACUUUAAUUUCAAACGUUUCAGAGAAAAAUGGCGUAAUGCUAACGUUGUAACAUUAUGCCUGUAAUGCCUGAAUGUUUUAGGAAAAGUCAUCAUUUUAGGAUAUAAAAUUGUAAUUGCAUGAUACAGUUGCAAUAUUUCAAGGAAAAGUUGCAUAUUUGUGUUACAGAAGCUUAAAGUAUAUGGAAAUAAAGUUGUACAGAUAAGGUAAUUAAGUUCAAAUAUUGCAACAAAAAAUAAAAAAUGAUAAUAUCAUGAGAACAAAGUGCUGUAGCAAUGUUACGAUAAUUAAAUUAGUAAUUCAAUUUCCAACAAUAAUGAUCGCAUUAGAGGCUACUCCCGUAUGAAAUAUUUACUGUGACCUUAUUCUCGUAAUUCAGACUAUUCCCAACUAUGACCAUAUGUUUUCAGCGUUGCCCUGAUAUAAUAUACAUUACAUUGUCAAACCUUGUUUUUAUGAUUUUCAACAUGUAUGUAUGAGAUCUAUUAUUAGAUAUAGCGCUAGGCCAUAUUGCACGUUUGAGUUGUUUGCACUGUUGUGAGGCAGUUUGCUUUAAACAAACAAAAAAAAAUCAGUAAAAGGAAAUUGUUGGUAAGAUAAAAGAAAAUAGGAAAAAAAUGGGGGGGAGGCAAAUCAAAGGUAGCUGACAUUUACCUGCCCUUUUGCCGUGAAUAUUUGGUGUGCGUUCAAUAUUGACACUAGUUGAUCAUUUUUUUGGUGUUUCAGGAAAAAAAUGUCAUUUAUUAACCUGUGUAUUUCAAAACAACCUAGCCAAAAAUAUAUAUCUAUCUCUUUAUAUCUAUAUGUACACACAGAGCUAACUAAUGUGCACUGUGAUUGGUCACACAGCAUCUGUGAAUUGGCUCUCUGUGAUCUGUGUUGAGUAUAUUUGCAAGUAUUUAAAUAUCAUUGAAGUGUCUUGAGUCCGCAAACAAGAUGUGACGGGGUAAAAAACAUUAUCCCGUGCAUUUUGAUCAUUAAUUAGCUUGUUGCUUUCAUGAACAAUCACACACAAACGGUGUCCCAAUUCAGUGGCUACAUGUUACUCAUUUCGCAUAUUUUCACAGAAGUUUGUGUUGCCAUAUUUAAACAUGUUUUUCCUUAUCUUGGGAUUUAAGGAGGCCGUUUGAUAGUAGCGAUGCAUCCAGUAAAAAGCGUCAAAAGAAGGCUGCGUUUGAAGGAAAUUUAAAAUUAGAUAUGUUUUAUUAUCUGUACAUAUUUUGCCGUCGCAUUCUUAAGAACUUUUUGAAACUGUUUGAAAUUGUGAUAUUUUGACAACAAGAUUAAAGGGAGAAAAAAGUUGAACUGUUACAGCUAUCUGGAUGUUAUAAGAAAAAAAAAGAACAAGAAUUAGACCCCGUUUACACUAAGCCUGAUAAGGUUAUCCAGGGUAAAUCACACCUAACCUUAUCCGUGUCCACACACAACAAUGCCACCGUUUAAGACCCUCUCACCGCUCUGUCCGCCGACGCAACACGACCUAGUACGCAUGUGCAGAAAAUGCGCACGUCAUAGUCACCUCCAGUGUUGCUUUGUGUGCAAGUUCUUCAAUUUAACUUAUCUGCACAAUAUCCAGUUGUUGUGGUAUUUCAAUUAACUGGAAUCCAGUGUGCUGUGGGGACCUAUUGUAAUGAAUCACACCUGAGCCAUCAUAAAUUAAUCUUUAUUGGACACGUGAAAGUAAACAAUGUGAUAAAGAACAUUUUAUAUCAAUCAAACUAGGGAUCUAGAUAUCUGGUCAGGACACUCCUCACUCUUUUGCCUUCACCUUCAUUGUCCAUUCGGUUUUGGUGACUUUAUAUACUCUGGACCUAGAUGUUGAGUCCGCGACAUACAUGGCGGACAAUAACUGAUACAGUCUGCUUUGCCGGUCCAAAUGCAUUUGAUGUUUUCCGUAGUCUUCCCUCGACGGCCAAGUAAUAUAAAGCACACGCUACCUUUUUUAUCACAUCCACGGGAGCCCGCAUUUUCGUUGUCUCUCCUUCGACAAAUGGACAAAGUUUUUCGCUAAGUAGAAUCACAGCUGACCUGGACAUUCGAAAGUUCUCUUGCCGUCUGAGAAGUGUUGUAUCCCAAAUAGCUGCAAUCGCACGUUUUCUUCUCUUAAGGUAUUCAUGUGUGAUUUCCGCAAGCGUCUGUACAGACGGAAGGAGAAACACGGGCAUGUCUGGAUGACUCUCCUUCAUAUUUCCAGUGGUUAGCUCCGAGUUACGAAACCACUUUAUUAUGAAGCUGGCUGUGGCGCGUUCUUUCUGACAUCACUUCUUUCUGGCGUUACUUCCUCUCCAAACUCAGUUUGUAAAUGAUUAAUGAGUCCAUACAAAGCUAAGGGCCGGAGAUUCAAGUAAUAGAUGGCCCACUUACCCGUGUAAAAAAUUGUCCAAGGAGGGGAACCUUAAACGAUGGUUUAGUGUGGCUGAAACGGGGCUUAGGCUAAAUAAUUAUUCGUGUAAGGGGUUAAACAACUUAGUGCAGUCAUGGCCUUAGAGGGGGAAAAAAGUCUUGGAAUGUUAUGAGUCAAUAACACGAGGGAAAAAAGCGUAGAUUUCUGUGGCUAAAGUUGUAAUGUUACAGAAAGAAGUCUGUAAUGUUACGUGAAGACAUAGAUAAAAAGGUAAUUUACAAAGAAAAAGUCUUAAUCUUGCAAUGAAUUUGUAAUGAUUGUUAUUUUAAUGCUAUUGGAAUGAAGUCGCAAUGGAAGGCAAGUUAAAAUGAAAAAAAUUUCAUGUUAAAAGAAUAAUGUUUACUUUUCGUGACUAUAGGCGCAAGUGUAACACGUUUUAUUGUGUGCUGUUGUGUUUAAAUAUUUGUUUUCAUCAUCAGGACAAGGACGGCGAAGGAUAGUAGCGAUAUUUCCUACAAAAAAAACAUGAAAAGAAGGCCGCAUUUGAAGGAAUCUUUGAAUUGUUGCUCUUUAACGUCGCUUUAAAAAAAUGCAGCCUCUGAGUUGGGACACGGCUUCACACGCGCAGGAGUGUAAUGCUACUAAGACGUCUGUGCUAAUUCAAGCUAACAAAUUAACUUUUUUUUAACACUGUUUUAAGUGCCUUACAAGUCAUUGAACAGAGGAGCCAAACUAUGUAUCCAGCAUGUAGGCCUUAGCGUAGCUCGUUAGCAUCAGCUUAGCCUAGCAUGUUGCUAACUUGUGAAGUAACCUUCCACUCCUAGCGUGUGCUCACACUACAUUUUUGUUUUAAAGUGUUAUUUUCUCUUUGUCUUGCAUCAAGAAUUCUAAUAUUGUGUGGUAGAAACACAAGGGAGAUGAGGUUGUAUUUUACUUUGAUUUCUAGCUUGGUAUUUAAGUUAAGCUCAUAUAUGUUAUACAUGUUUUCGAGACUUCUGAAACAGUUGUGAUACCUAGCUUGCGGGUAAGUGUGGUAUUACUGUGUUUUAGUCAAUGACAAUAAUACGCAUACCGGGGUCACUUUUUGUUAUGCAAAAACCAUGUACCAGAUUGGGGGGCAGGAAGGGAUGUGGGAUGCCCACCAGCCCCUUCAUCGUCAUCCUUGUCUGCCCCUCUAAUGGAGUCCCCCCACCCUGCCUGCCCUUAGACCCCUUUUCUCGGGGGUCACAUGACGUAUGAAUGGGACGAGGCGCCAUUUUUUUGCAUAUUGUCAUGAAUAUUAAACAAAACUGUUGGAGGCUCCAGACUGCUAGGCUUUCUGUGAGCAAGUGGAAAAUAAAAAGAAGAGGGGAAAAAAGAUCCGAUGG